AUGCCGCGCAACCACAGCGGAGAUGAAGGCGGCUCUGGGCUCUGGAUGAAGACGUCUCCGGGGCGCCGAGCUCAGGGCUAUGGAUUGAAAGAUGUGGAAUCCGGCCGAGGUACGAUGAACAACGCUGCUAGGACCGUAGACGGGCUGCUGUCGGCGGGAUGCGGCGCUGGUACAACAGGUGCAGUGGGCGCAGACAACCUGAGACGAAAACAAGGCGCCCGUUUGAGCCUCCUCGGAAAACCUCUGACCUACAGUGCGCAGAGCGGCCGCAGAAAUGUGCGCUACAGGAAGCUGCAGAACUACCUCUACAAUGUCCUGGAAAGACCUCGGGCUUGGGCGUUCGUGUACCACGCAUUUGUGUUCAUCCUAGUUUUCGGCUGUUUGGUUCUCUCCGUGUUUUCCACAAUUCCUGCCCACCAGGACCUGUCCUCCCACUGUCUCCUCAUACUGGAGUUUGUCAUGAUCGUUGUGUUUGGUCUGGAGUACAUCAUUCGGAUCUGGUCCGCGGGCUGCUGCUGCCGGUACCGAGGAUGGCAGGGCAGGCUCCGUUUCGCCCGGAAGCCCUUCUGCGUCAUAGAUAUCAUCGUCCUCAUUGCUUCCAUUGCUGUGGUGUCGGCCGGUAGCCAGGGCAACAUCUUCGCCACGUCUGCGUUGAGAAGCCUCCGUUUCCUGCAGAUCCUGCGCAUGGUCCGGAUGGACAGACGCGGAGGAACCUGGAAGCUGCUGGGAUCCGUAGUCUACGCUCACAGCAAGGAAUUGGUGACUGCCUGGUACAUUGGCUUCCUGGUCCUGAUCUUCUCCUCUUUCCUGGUGUACUUGGUGGAGAAAGAAUUUAAUAAACAGUUUGCCACAUACGCUGAUGCCCUGUGGUGGGGUACGAUAACUCUCACGACCAUUGGCUACGGGGACAAGACGCCGCAGACGUGGACGGGCCGGCUGCUCUCCGCUGGCUUCGCUCUGCUUGGCAUCUCCUUCUUUGCCCUUCCUGCGGGUAUCUUGGGUUCAGGUUUUGCUCUGAAGGUCCAGGAGCAGCACAGACAGAAACACUUUGAGAAGAGGAGGAAUCCGGCCGCCUGCCUCAUCCAGUGUGUAUGGCGUAGUUAUGCGGCUGAUGAGAACUCGGUUUCCAUCGCUACCUGGAAGCCUCAUUUGAAGGCGUUGCAUACCUGCAGCCCUGCAAAGAAAGACCAGGGAGAAUCCACCAGCAGUCAAAAGCUGAGUUUUAAGGAGCGUGUGCGAAUGGCCAGUCCUCGAGGUCAAAGCAUCAAGAGUCGCCAGACAUCGGUAAACGAUCGCCGCUCUCCGAGCACGGAGGUGGGACCAGAGGGAACCAGUCCGGCAAAGGUCCAAAAAAGCUGGAGCUUCAACGACCGGACACGCUUCCGUCCGUCACUCCGGCUCAAGAGCCAAUCACGGACAGUACCUGAAGCUGACACAAACUUGGGUGGAGACGAUGCUUUUGAUGAGAAGGGCUGUCAUUGUGAUGUCACAGUGGAAGACCUGUCUCCACCGCUGAAGACUGUUAUCAGGGCCGUCAGGAUAAUGAAGUUCCACGUGGCGAAGAAGAAGUUUAAGGAGACCCUGAGGCCGUAUGAUGUGAAAGAUGUGAUAGAACAGUACUCUGCUGGACACCUGGACAUGCUGUGUCGCAUUAAGAGUCUGCAGACCAGGCUGGACACUAUUGUGGGUCCUCCCCAGACUCUGAGCGGCAGGGCCAAGACCUUUUCCUCCCCCUCUCUGCACUCAUAUUAUAGCCAAGCCAGGAGGAAACACUCAGCCACAGGGCUGGCCACGGGCACCGGUCCACAGCCCACCCUCAGCACCAAAGCCAGGAACCUUUCCUCUCCCUCCCUGCACUUGUAUUACAGCCAAUCCAAGAGGAAGCAGUCUGGCCCAGGGGUGGAUCAGAUUCUCGGAAAGGGGCAGAUUCCUACAGACAGAAAGGUUAGGGAUAAGAUUCUUCCGGAGGGCGAUUCCCUGGAACAUGACAUGAGUAUGCUGGGACGUGUGUGUAAGGUGGAAAGACAGGUACAGUCCAUCGAGUCCAAGCUGGAUUCCUUGUUGGAUAUCUACCGUCAGGUUCUGCAGAAGGGUCCAUCCACAGCCUUGGGCUUGUCCACCUUACCCCUCUUUGAGCUGGAGCAAACCUCUGACUACCACAGCUCCAUCCAAAGUAAGGAUAUGUCCUCUUGCACGCAGCUCAGCGGAGGAGUGUCACGUUCAGGUAGCGCCAACCUGCCCCGCGGCCUGCAGCUCAUCCUGGCACCCAGCGAACUCAACCUUGGUAGCGGGUACCCAACAUCUGCCUCAUCUUUCUCUCCCUCCCCUCUCCUUCACGGGCAACCAUCCAGUCCUGAAAGUAACAUCUACCCCUCCUCUCCACCGCCUAUCCUCACUCCCAACAACCUCUCCAGAGCUCCACAGUUCCCGGAGUUGAUCAGGCCUUCUCCCCACCCCACCUCAGCCACACUGCAGCUGCCUCCUUUGGCCCAGCCGACCUCUGGCCGACCGGUGGGCCUGAUCCCAGAGACACUUCAGGAGAGCAAGACGGAGGAUUCCAGCGGGAGCCUGCCGUCUGCCCAGACUGAGGCUGGCUCAGGCAAAGAGGCAGAGAGUCGGCAGCGUGAGGUACAGCUCAGAAACAGGCCGGGUCGCGACAUCAAGGAAGAGGUCUCCUGGAGGAGACACCUGAGUCUCGACAUCGACCCCCUGGGGUCGAUAUCGUCCGCGACGUCCGCCCCUCCGCGGGCCAGCCUCGGGCUGGGGAAGUCUCUGUCUGUUCAGAACCUCAUGCUGCCGUCGGGUGGGGACUGUCACCCCAACCUGUCCGCCCGCAGCAGCGGCAGCAGCAACAACGAGUCCAACAGCCGGGAGCCCUCGACGGACUGGGCGGAGACCGAACUCUUCAUCAGCGAUAAAGAGCUGGACGAGCGAGAAGAGGACUUCGACUUCCUGUCCCAGCGGGACGUCGCACUCCCGUCCGAUCUGUUACCGACCGGCGCCGGAGGGCCGUCCGACGGGCAGGGCGGAAUCGGAGGGACCCCCUCGCCCAGCUCCGAAUCCUUGAAUCUGCCCCACGUCCGGCUAAAAUGA